UUCAAGAUUAUCAGUUCACUUUUUCACCUUCUUGGAUAAGCUACCGGACUUUACGAUGUUUCUAAUUAAGAUUGCUUUGCCAAUCUUUCUUUUGGCCACUAUUGGUAGUUUAAGUUUCGCUUUGGACAAUAAUAUUCCAAUGGAAUCCAACCAACCCAUGCCUGAGAUGAAUCAACCUGAAAACUCCGAAAACCAAUCCACUUGGACUCAAGAAGCUGACCAAAGUUCUCCAAGUGUGGAAAGUGUAUCGUUUGAAAGUUUGGAAAGCAUGCCUGUGGAACAAGGAUCAUUUUUAUUGAAAACUGUUGCUCAACAAAGCUAUAUGCGUCAAAAUACUGAAACUCUAUUCACACCAAAUAUGGAACAAGUUAAAAUGUACCUGAUCACACCCAAUGGCAACGUUUCUAUCCCCCAAACAAACAUUGGAGAUUUCUUGAGCAACUAUCCUCAAUUAAUCACUGGAGAGGUGACAAUUUUCGUAACUGGUAUCCCAUCGACCCCAGAAGAUCCAACUGAUGCCAUCUACGAAAUAGUUGAAGCUUACAGAGCUCGUUACCAAGGAAACGAGAAUCAAAUCCAAUAUUCGGAUUCAUGGGAUGCUCCAACCACUGGCAGUCUUAUUAUUAUUGAUUUGGGAAAUUCAUUGACAAACUUCCUAAACUGGGCCACAUUGGACAUUGAAGAAGCUGGAAAAAUGGUUGGCCAAGCUAUUGUCAACAUGACCGAAAUUGUGCCCUACUACAACAUUCACUUGAUUGGUCAUAGUGUUGGUGCUCAUGUUGCUGGAGCUGCUGCUAGAUAUUUUGCCCAAGAGAAAAACAUUCAACUUCGUCGUGUGACUGGAUUGGAUCCUUCGCAGAUCUUCACCGGAGAACAACACAUGGAAUCGAAGCUGAAUCGUGGAGUUGCUGAUUUUGUUGAUGUCAUUCAUACGACUUCUUAUGGUGCCGGAUCGGAUAGCAAUGGUGAUGUGGAUUUCUAUCCCAGUGGACCAGGAUCAAUUCCACCAGGUUCAACUAAUAUUGUCGAUGCUAUGUUGAAAGCUAUUAGAUACUAUGCUGAAACUGUGAUGCCAGGUGGUGAGAGGAGUUUUAUGGCUGUGGGAUGUAAUUCAUUGAAGAACUACAAUAAACAUCGUUGUCAUGGUAUUCGAGUUCCAAUGGGUUAUACAACGCCAUAUGAUGUUAAAGGUGAUUUCGUUAUGAAAGUUAAGUCCAAGUCUCCGUAUGGGAAAAAUGCUAAAACUUCAAUGAAGAAUUAUAGAAUGCGUGGUACAGCUAUAGCUUUUUAAUUGGAAGCAGCUGUGGUCUUCUUUACGCCCAGUGAAUUUUUUUUUUAAGUUGAUUUUUUAGUGUAUUGAUUUUGAAUUUAAAUAAAUCAAUUUUUUUAUAUUUGUUUGCAAA